AUGCUGGGCAGCGUCGGCGGCCGACACAUGUCGGGGCGGCGUCGCGGCUCUUCGCCGGCGGUGAGGUUAUCCUUUGCCGCCGGCGGUGCUGGCGGUGACGCUCUCGCGGAGGCCGCGAUGGCUGCCAGACUGGCGACUCGCAGCCGACGGAGGGCGGUCACCACGAGCGACCAUAAAUCCUGCGCGCUCAUUCAGACCAGGAUCAAGUUGGGAGACAUCAUGUUGGCCGCUGCACAGGAGGCUGCCUUAGCCGGGGGCCAGGGCGCAGCCGGUGCGGGCGCAGCUGAUAGAAUGGGGGGACACCAGCAUCACCAGGGGGGCGCGGCCGCGAGAGGGGGGCCCAGCUCCCUCUUCUUGCUGUCCGAGGAGAACCCUAUACGAAGGUAUACGCGGUUCAUAAUCGAAUGGCCGCCGUUCGAGUACGCGGUGCUAAUGACAAUCAUCGCCAACUGCUUCGUACUCGCGCUGGAGGAGCAUCUGCCGUACUCGGACAAGACAGUACUCGCACAGAAACUGGAAAAGACAGAAGUAUACUUUUUAGGAAUUUUCUUCGUAGAAGCAUCUUUGAAAAUAUUAGCGUUAGGUUUUGUUUUACACAAGGGUUCAUAUCUUAGAAACAUUUGGAACAUUAUGGAUUUCUUCGUUGUAGUAACAGGGUUCGUCACGCAGUUCGUGGACACUCACGAAAAAGUCGAUCUGCGGACGUUGCGGGCCAUCCGGGUGCUUCGGCCACUGAAACUCGUGUCCGGUAUACCGAGUCUCCAGGUGGUGUUGAAGUCCAUUAUUAAGGCAAUGGCCCCUCUGCUGCAGAUCGGAUUGCUUGUGUUAUUCGCUAUUGUUAUUUUCGCCAUUAUCGGCCUUGAGUUUUACUCGGGCGCGUUGCACAAGAGCUGUUACAGCAUAUCCGAUAUCACUAAAAUAAUAAAGGACGGCGAAACGGAAACUCCGUGCCAUCCUGAGAACGACGACAGACUGAGGCCGUCCGGAGCGCACGCCUGCCAGAACGAUUCCACGUGCAUAGAGCAAUGGACGGGGCCAAAUUUCGGGAUCACGUCUUUCGAUAACAUCGGUUUCGCCAUGCUGACGGUCUUCCAAUGCAUCACCAUGGAGGGCUGGACGAACAUACUGUACUGGACGAACGAUGCCUUAGGUAGUAAUGCGAAUUGGCUAUACUUCGUACCGCUCAUCGUACUGGGAUCAUUUUUUAUGCUCAAUCUAGUUCUCGGUGUGUUGAGCGGUGAAUUUGCAAAAGAAAGAGAAAAAGUAGAGAACCGACAAGAAUUUUUAAAAUUACGAAGGCAACAGCAAUUAGAACGAGAACUCAACGGCUACGUGGAGUGGAUAUGCAAAGCGGAGGAAGUAAUAUUAGCUGAAGAACGUACUACAUCAGAAGAAAAAAUACACAUAAUGGAAUCUCGAAGAAGAACUGCAGCCAAAAGAAAAAAAAAGAAAAUAGGGAAAAGUAAAAGCACAGACACUGAAGAAGAAGAACCUGAAGAUGAAAGCGCUGAAGGUUUUGGUAGGUCUGGUUACCUCCGCAGCGUCAGGGAUCGCGGAAAAUGCGCUGAUUUUUGGCGGGCGGAAAAGCGAUUUCGUUUCUGGAUUCGCAAAACUGUGAAAGCCCAGUGGUUCUACUGGUUCGUCAUAGUGUUAGUGUUUUUCAAUACAGUCUGCGUUGCCGUCGAGCAUUACGGACAGCCCGAAUGGCUAACGCAAUUUUUAUAUUAUACCGAAUUUGUGUUCCUUGGUUUGUUCAUGAUGGAAAUGUGGAUAAAAAUGUACGCGCUGGGCCCGCGGAUAUACUUCGAGUCCUCGUUUAACAAGUUCGAUUGUGUCGUUAUAAGUGGCUCGAUAUUUGAGGUGAUAUGGUCAGCUGUAAAGUGUUCUUUCGGCUUGUCCGUGCUUCGCGCUCUACGUUUACUCAGGAUAUUCAAAGUAACGAAGUAUUGGGCUUCUUUGAGAAAUCUAGUCAUUUCGCUGCUAAAUUCCAUGAGAUCCAUUAUUUCAUUGCUGUUCCUGCUGUUCUUGUUCAUCCUGAUAUUCGCUUUACUUGGGAUGCAACUUUUCGGAGGACAGUUUAAUUUUCCAGAUGGGACGCCGGCGACCAAUUUCAAUACGUUUCCUAUUGCGCUGCUUACGGUCUUCCAGAUAUUGACUGGAGAAGAUUGGAAUGAAGUAAUGUACCAGGGAAUAGCUUCGCAAGGAGGGCCAAGUGAUGGAAUGAUUUAUUCUUUAUAUUUUAUCAUUCUUGUAUUGUUUGGCAACUAUACCCUGUUAAAUGUGUUCUUGGCUAUCGCCGUCGAUAAUUUGGCGAAUGCUCAAGAACUAACAGCAGCUGAAGCAAUUCAGGAGGAAGAAAAUAAAGAAAAACAGCUGCAAGAACUUGAGAAAGAAAUGGAAGCAUUACACGUAGACGGAUCACCGCCAAGAGUUGAUGGACUCGCAUCGUCGCCAACGUCGAAAACGAAAAAGAAAGAGGAAGAAAUAAAAAUAGAAGAAGAGGAGGACAUCACCGAUGGACCAAAACCCAUGUUGCCAUAUUCAUCUAUGUUCAUUUUAUCAACGACCAAUCCCAUACGACGUGCAGCGCAUUGGGUCGUUAAUCUUCGUUAUUUUGACUUUUUUAUCAUGGUAGUGAUCAGUUUAAGUUCAAUAGCCUUAGCCUGUGAGGAUCCCGUGGUCGAAUUUUCGACGAGAAAUAUUAUAUUAAAUUAUUUCGAUUAUGCGUUCACGUGUGUCUUCACGAUAGAGAUGGUGCUGAAGAUAUUGGAUUUAGGAGUUAUUCUGCAUCCUGGAUCCUAUCUUAGAGAAUUUUGGAAUAUCAUGGAUGCAGUGGUCGUAAUUUGUGCGGCAUUGUCCUUUGGUUUCGAAAUAACCGGAAGCCCGGCCGUGCAGAAUCUAUCCAUGAUAAAAUCGCUUCGAGUUCUUCGAGUUCUUCGGCCUCUGAAGACAAUAAAGCGGGUUCCAAAGCUGAAGGCGGUGUUCGACUGCGUCGUUAAUUCAUUAAAGAAUGUCAUCAACAUUCUCAUCGUGUAUAUAUUAUUUCAGUUCAUUUUUGCUGUCAUCGCUGUGCAAUUGUUCAACGGAAAAUUUUUCUAUUGCACCGAUGAAAGUAAACACACUUUCGAAGAAUGCCAAGGUUCGUAUUUUAAAUUUGAUAACGAUGGGCCACCCAAACGCGAGGAAAGAAAAUGGGAGGCACAAAGUUUUCAUUAUAAUAAUGUUGCAAGUGCUAUGCUGACUUUAUUUGCUGUACAGACGGGGGAAGGAUGGCCACAAGUGCUUCAAAAUUCAAUGGCUGCGACUUAUGAAGAUAUGGGUCCUAUACAAAAUUUUCGGAUAGAAAUGUCUAUUUUCUACAUAGUGUAUUUUGUAGUGUUUCCUUUCUUCUUCGUCAAUAUAUUCGUUGCCUUGAUUAUUAUUACGUUUCAAGAGCAAGGCGAAGCAGAAUUGCAAGACGGAGAAAUAGAUAAAAAUCAGAAAUCUUGUAUAGAUUUUACGAUAGGGGCAAGACCUCUCGAGCGAUACAUGCCAAGUAAUCGCGGAAGUUUUAAAUACAAAGUUUGGAGAAUAGUAGUGUCAACGCCAUUCGAAUAUUUUAUAAUGAUGUUGAUUGUCUUUAACACGUUAUUGCUGAUGAUGAAGUAUCACAAACAAUCAAAACUCUAUGAAGAAAUAUUGAAAAACGCAAAUUACGGAUUUAUUGGAAUGUUCACAAUAGAAACUAUCAUGAAGAUUUUAGCGUACGGUGCAAGAUUUCACAAUGCUCCGACUGGAUUAACAACAGUGUUGAAGUUCAUGAAUUUGGUAUUCACCGGACUAUUUCUUAUGGAGACCAUUAUGAAGAUUUUGGCAUUCGGAUGCAAGAAUUUCUUCAAAGAUCCGUGGAACACAUUUGAUUUCAUAACUGUCAUCGGAAGCAUUAUAGACGCACUUGUGGCCGAAAUUGGGGCAAAUCAAGAUAAUCCCUUCAACGUUGGCUUUCUGCGUUUGUUUCGAGCAGCACGUUUAAUAAAAUUGUUGAGGCAGGGUUACACGAUACGAAUAUUGCUGUGGACGUUCGUUCAGUCUUUCAAAGCACUGCCGUAUGUUUGUCUUCUCAUUGCCAUGCUCUUCUUCAUAUAUGCCAUCAUCGGGAUGCAGGUGUUCGGAAAUAUACAGUUGGAUCCUGAAUCGUCAAUUACAAGGCAUAAUAACUUUCAAAGUUUUGUGCAAGGGUUGAUGUUACUCUUUAGGUGUGCCACUGGAGAAUCAUGGCCGAACAUAAUGCUUUCGUGCCUGAAAGGCCAGCCUUGUGAUCCUUUAGCUAAUAAAGGCGACGGGGUUACCUGCGGUUCUAGUUUAGCUUAUGUUUAUUUCGUCUCGUUCAUAUUUUUUUGUUCGUUUCUGAUGUUGAACUUGUUCGUUGCCGUUAUCAUGGACAACUUCGACUAUUUAACGAGAGAUUCCUCAAUUUUGGGCGCUCAUCAUCUCGACGAAUAUGUGCGCAUAUGGGCGGAAUAUGAUCCUAAUGCUACUGGCAAAAUUCACUAUACAGAGAUGUACGAUAUGCUGAAGAAUAUGGACCCUCCGUUGGGGUUCGGUAACAAGUGCCCUAAUAGAUUAGCCUACAAACGUCUGAUUAGAAUGAAUAUGCCAGUAGACGCAGACGGAAAAGUCAAUUUCACGACGACUCUGUUUGCACUCAUUAGGGAAAAUUUAAGUAUCAAAAUGAGAAAUCCGGAUGAAAUGGACAAGGCAGAUGAAGAACUGCGAGUAACUGUAACCCAUAUUUGGCCUUUACAAGCUAAGAAAAUGUUAGAUUUACUAAUACCGCGAAAAAGUGAGCUGAAUGCUGGAAAAUUGACAGUUGGGAAAAUUUAUGCCGGGAUGUUAAUUUUGGAAAGUUGGCGGACCACGAGGUUUGGCCAAAUUGAACCAGCUGGUGUACCGGUUUUGGAGUUGCAAGACGUUGGUUCGAGACAACCAUCUAUGGAGUCUUUGGCUGAUGACACACGUUUGCAGCCACCUAGUGCCUACCAGAAUGGUCAUAGAAGAUCCCCAAGUUUGAGACGUGGUCCAUCGCCUUUGGUGCGGACACCUUCACCAAGGAGAAGACAUGGUUCUGGUGCCCAUUAUCAAUAUCAUCACGACAUCGGCUUCUCGGACACGGUCUCGAAUGUAGUCGAGAUCGUGAAGCACGAUCGAGGUCCUGCAGGGCGGUACGCACAAUACACGCCUGGGCACUACCCUUACAGUCGAGUCAGGGGCACAUGGUCAGCGUCCACGAGUCCUGCACGUUCACCAUCACCAACCUACUACACUAACAAUCAUCAUCAAAGCCAACAUCGAUCUGCUCGUAACCAACACGGCGAAUACACGGUUCCGUAUCAAUAUCAAAGACCUCGAACGACUGACCAGUACUAUAAUCAGUACUAUCGAGACAAAUAUUACGACGCCGAUACCAGACAUUACCAUCACAGACACAGUUACCGAAACCAUCAACAAGCGCACAGGCAUGCAGAAAGGCACCAGCCCAUUCAGGCUCAUAGGAACGGAUACGGAACAACCAGCCUCGGUCAAAGAUCACGUUCCCCGAGCCCUUCCUUGAGACGUUAUCCAGGCGACAAAUAUCAGGCGCCUGCGGUUGACGCGAUUGGAGGCCCAAUUACACCUUCGCACGUACAGAAUAGUUAUCCAGUAUUAAUGACCAGGAGAGGUAGAAGACUUCCACCAACGCCGAGCAAGCCAUCAACUUUGCAGCUCAAAGGAUCUAAUAUCAAUUUUCCAAAACUAAAUGCCAGUCCGACGCAUCAACAUAUGACACCACACAGCGUGCAUUCUUUACCUGCUCAACACUCUCGCGACUACGUGUCACAUAGAACUGGCAGAGAUGUCAAUAUACAUAUGAGAGAUCGCGAAAUAUUGGAUAUCAAUAUUCGAGGUGCAACGGAUACUUCGGAUAUUGAACGCGAGAUUAUUGAACGGGAACGAGAAGCUAGAGGAGCGAUCGUACGAGACCGUUCCUUGGACCGAGAGCGGCACAUAGACCGUGAGAUUCGCGAGCGAGAGCGAAUGCUUCUCGAAUGCGAACCAAUACCAGGGUCCUUACUCGGGCCUCCUUCAACCGUGCCGCCGCUAUCCUUCGAAGCUGCGGUCGCGCUUGGCCGAGGCGGCGGCCUGUCAACCGCUGGCGGUCGAUCGGUACCUUCGCCUGUUCCUAAUGGAUACGCGUCCACCACAACGCCGAGGGCUUCGGCGAGGCACCAUGGCAUGCGAACUCGAAGACACUCUGACAGCGACGACGAGGACUGGUGCUAGCACAAUGCCCCCGUCGACGAGGGGACACGUCAAUAUUUAAACACAGUAACUUCGCCGCCGGGUCGCGCCGUAACUAUCACGUUGUCCGUCGGAGGGAAAGCUGGUGAGGAGAGUUACCCGCUUCUGCAGCAGAAUUCUCAAGAUUCGCAGGACUCUGCCAGCACCGCCAAUACCGCUAACAGCAGUAAUCAGCAGCAACGCGUCAUCAGGCAAAUUAAUACGCAAAUUAAUACAGACAUCCAUGGGGUGAGUAAAGAAAGAAAUACUGGCGCUAGGAAGAAAAAUGGUCGACAAUGAUUAAAAUUGAACAAAACACUAUCAAGCAGAUGUUUAUUCUGCAUGUAUUUAUAUUAUUUAUAGAACAACUGACUUGUUUAGUGCUAUAUUAUUUGAAACAACAUGUUGCAAGUCUUUUCUACGUGCAGGAACAGUGAUAUCAACGCAAAAAAUUUAUAUAAAAUAUAGGUGACAAAAGAAGAAUAACAACGUCAGUUUCUUAUAUCGCAUUUAGUGAAGCCUGGAUAAUAGUACUUUUCUCGAAAAUUUGGAGUGAAAUUCGACAUAUGAAAGGUCAAAUUGUGAAAAUUAUUAGUGUUUGGAAUGUUUUGUUACUGAUUAACUAAUUGAAUUUAAAUAAGCGACUGAUUUUGGAACACGGGAUUUUAUCUUUAUAUUUGUUUGUGUAUGAAUAGAAUUCAAGAUGAAACAAGAAUCACUACCAAACACUCUAUCGCCAUAAUAAGUAAAUUGCAUAAAUAUGGGAUGAACUGAA